AUGCCAACUCAAUGCCCUCAUUUCAACUCGCAGCGCUUGACUUCAAAGUUGAGACCAGCCCCACUUAACCACCCUAUCGUUACGAUCUGUCUCUCUCUUUCUCUCUCCGUGUCUGCUCUUCUAUCUUUCAAGUUUAAAAAAUUUAAAGAUGGCAGAGACAUUUCUGUUUACCUCCGAGUCCGUGAACGAGGGACACCCAGACAAGCUCUGCGACCAAAUCUCCGAUGCUGUCCUUGACGCCUGCCUUGAGCAAGAUCCGGAGAGCAAGGUUGCUUGUGAGACAUGCACCAAAACCAACUUGGUCAUGGUCUUCGGAGAAAUCACCACCAAGGCCAACGUUGACUACGAAAAGAUCGUGCGUGACACCUGCAGGAACAUUGGCUUCAUCUCAGACGAUGUGGGACUUGAUGCCGACAACUGCAAGGUCCUUGUGAACAUUGAGCAACAGAGUCCUGAUAUUGCCCAGGGCGUGCAUGGCCACCUCACCAAAAGACCUGAAGAAAUCGGUGCCGGCGACCAGGGUCACAUGUUCGGCUAUGCCACCGACGAGACCCCUGAAUUGAUGCCCCUGAGCCACGUCCUUGCAACCAAACUCGGGGCUCGUCUCACUGAGGUUCGGAAGAACGGUACCUGCCCUUGGCUCAGACCUGAUGGCAAGACCCAAGUGACUGUUGAGUAUUACAAUGACAAGGGUGCCAUGGUUCCAGUUCGUGUCCACACCGUGCUCAUCUCCACACAACAUGACGAGACUGUCACGAAUGAUGAAAUUGCUGCUGAUCUGAAAGAGCACGUGAUCAAGCCCGUGAUUCCCGAGAAGUACCUUGAUGAGAAGACCAUUUUCCACUUGAACCCCUCUGGCCGUUUUGUGAUUGGUGGUCCUCACGGUGACGCCGGUCUGACCGGGAGGAAGAUCAUCAUUGAUACCUACGGAGGAUGGGGUGCUCAUGGCGGUGGUGCCUUCUCUGGGAAGGACCCCACGAAGGUUGAUAGGAGUGGUGCUUACAUUGUGAGGCAGGCUGCUAAGAGCAUUGUGGCGAGUGGACUUGCGAGAAGAUGCAUCGUGCAAGUGUCUUAUGCAAUUGGUGUGCCUGAGCCUUUGUCUGUUUUCGUUGAUACCUACGGAACUGGGAAGAUCCCUGACAAGGAGAUCCUGAAGAUUGUGAAGGAGAACUUUGACUUCAGGCCUGGUAUGAUUUCCAUCAACCUUGAUCUGAAGAGGGGUGGGAAUAGCCGGUUCUUGAAGACUGCUGCAUAUGGACACUUUGGCAGAGAGGACUCUGACUUCACAUGGGAAGUGGUCAAGCCCCUCAAGUGGGAAAAGGCCUAAGCGAUUCAUUCCGCUGCUCUGUGCUGGGAGUGUUUUGAGCGUUGCCCUUGUGUUGUGAUAACUAAUAUUUGUAACUCUUUUUUCUCUUGCCCGUGUGUGUUUCUCUCCCCCUCAUAUCUUGAUUCUCUUAUUUUGUAUUUUUUCACACGAUGAAAUUAUAAAAUGUGCUGUGUUUGUAUGCCCAA